AUACGGACGACCCAGAUGAUUUUAAAAAUAAAAAAGAUCCCAAGGCUCAAGAGGGGUUGCUUAUAAAAGUGGGGCGAAGCCCCUACUCACUUGUGUCCAUUACUCUCUCUCCAAAAUUCAAAUUCAAAAUCAAAGCUCUUAGGAAAUUUUUGGAUCCUUCAUAUUUUCUCACAGCUUAUAUUAUAUAUUGUUGUGGCCUGUAAUUUUGGUUCCAAUCUGUGCUGAAUCAAAAGGCUUGCCAUGGGUGCUCUAGAUCAUCUCUCAGAUCUCUUUGAUUGCUCAGGUGGGAGUUCCAGGCUCAGGAAACGCAAGCAAUUCCAGACGGUGGAGAUCAAGGUGAAGAUGGACUGCGAAGGAUGCGAGAGGAAGGUGAGGAGAUCUGUGGAGGGGAUGAAAGGCGUGACGCAAGUGACCGUGGAGCGCAAGGCCCACAAGCUCACAGUCGUCGGAUACGUGGACCCGGGCAAGGUGCUGGCACGUGUCGCACAUCGGACGGGUAAGAAGGUGGAGUUCUGGCCAUACGUCCCGUACGACGUCGUUGCCCACCCGUACGCCGCUGGGGUGUACGACAAGAAGGCUCCGUCCGGGUACGUGAGGAACGUGGAGGACCCGCAGCUCCGGAACCUCGCACGUGCGAGCUCCACGGAAGUGCGUUACACCACGGCAUUCAGUGAUGAAAACCCAGCCGCCUGUGCUGUCAUGUGAGCUGUCAAUUUGUGACGUGACAUGGAUGGAAUCUAUUUUUUAUUUAGAAUAUUUUUUAGAUAUGUCAAAUGUCAAAUGUGUAUGCUGUGUUGCACAUUUUUUUUUUUCUCUUCCUUUUUAUCAUUAUAGGUUUGUUAAGAAAUCAUCACUAUGGAAUUGGCUAUAAGCUUGAGCUUUUGAUUGUAUAUGAAGUGGUCGAAUUUUGUGGAAUAUUUUGGAUAUUUGACCUGUAAAUUGGUCUUGGUAUUUUGUAUACCAAACAAAGAAAAAAAAAAGUUUAA